GGUAGAAAGGUGUGUAUUUUGUUUUUAUUUGAGUUUCAUCGAAUUAUAAAAUAGCAUGUAAUUCAAAGGAGACAUAACUCUUUAUCCCAUCUAGUGAAAACCUUAAUUUCGGAAGAUGACAAUUAAAAUAAUAAAUUAUAAACAGGAUGAUAGGUUAAAUAUAUCUUUGCCAUUGAUUGUUGGUGAAGUUUUUCCUGGUGGCGAUAGCACUAUAGAAAUUCUAAAUAAGGCUUUAAGUGCUGAAUCUGUUAUUUGGCCUGUUCUAAAUGGAAGAUUUAAAGUAUUAGUCCAUUUGAAACCUGGUGAAAAUAAAAUUGGUUUUAAAUACAAGGACCAUAUCCUAGAUUUUAAUUUGAUAUAUGAACCUUUAAAGUUUAAAAGAUUCAUUCGUUUAGUUUAUAUUAAAUGUAAAGAUGAUGAAGGCCGAUUUCAGGCUCCUCCUGAGGAGAAUAAUUCCAUCUACAGUGCCUGCAAUCGAAUACGACUUGGUGCUCGAAUGCUUCAAACAUUUACGGGUGACAAAAUUGGAGAUCAUAAACUGCAAAGAAAAACAUUUUGUCUUGAAGAGAAUAAUGGAGAUGUAAUAUGUCAUGUAUUUACUAGUUCUUUAACUCUAAAUGAAGCUUACAAACUAAAUGAUGAACAACUGUGGUCAAAUUUUGCAGUUGAAUUAAUGAAUUCAAAUCUUAGAGUUAAUAAUGACUGUAAAUUUCUAGCUUUCCUAUCAUUUACGCGAUAUCAUAAUAAUACUAUGUCACCACCACGGAAUUAUAAAGAAAUUUUGCAAAUGACUAAAGGUCAAGUAGCCUUGGGUGGUGGUGGGUUGGCAUUAUUUGGGUCAGGCUGUUUACACACAUGGCCUGAAAAUUUGCACGAAGUUCCAUGGAGGUUUGGAGAUAAAAGACGGAUCGAUAGAAUGCAAUUCAUGGACGACAGUGCAAACAGGGGCUGGUAUUGGGCAUGCUAUUCUACAGGGCUUGGUGCUACUUUGCAUGAAUUAGGACAUACAUUUGAUUUGGGUCAUACAAAAAGUGGAAUUAUGGGAAGAGGUUUUGAUGAUAUUUACAAGUACUUCAUUGUUGACAUGUUUUAUCAUGAUCACAUGUUUCAAAAGCUGUACAAUCCUUAUUAUCAGGUUUCUUCUGUGCAGAACUGUACUGUCUCCUUAUCUCCAACAUCACCUGUAUCUUGGGAGCCUGAAAUAGAAACACCGUUGUACAACCUUCAUUUUCAAAACAUUAAUGAUAGCACUCAGUCCAAAGAAAAAGUUAAUAGCAAUAAUUUAACCCAUAACCGAGAUACAGUUUCUUCUAGAAUGUUGAAAGAUGGUGAAGUACCUUGGAGAUCUCCUAAUCCACCAGAUGUAUAUUAUAAUGACCCAAAUUUAGCUGUGAAUGUAGGAGGUGCUUUUUGGGCAAGAUCAUCUGCUCUGUUGCUGUAUUAUCACAGAUGGUUUAAUGAUAAAGAUGAGAAAGAAGAAGCCAUGAUUUCUUUUGAUGGCAUGAAACUCAGUUCUUCUCAUGGAAUCCGAAUAGUUGAAUUUAGAGAUGCUGAAGGCACCUCAUGUCAUCACAUUGAGUUUUUAGAGGGAGAAAAAAAGACAGUUGAUUUAUCUUUAUGUGAUAUAUCUGAAUAUGCAUCUGACAGAACUCAAACUGUAUCAUUUGUUGCAGAAGAUAGUAUGGGUAAUGUAUUUAAGUCAAAAUUAGAUAUAACUCAGUUGUUAUUUAAGAAGAACCAAACUGUUUAACACAAAUUCAUAUAAAAUUUGUUUUUAGUUAUUGUUAGUUCAUUGUGCAUGUUAAAAAAUAUUAUGCCAUUCACUUAAUACUGAAGAUUUUUUUCAAGUUAGACAAUUGAUUUCUUUAUUAAGCAAUAAAUUCAUUACCAUCAUAGAAUAGGUUUUUUUUUGAAGAAUUUUUAACUGGAGGUGGGGGAGGGAGCAAAUGCAAAAUUUUUUAGAUCCAUGGAGACACUAAGGUGCCAGAUUUCAUUAUGUAUUAGAAAAUUAGUAUUAAAAUUUUUAACUGUUUUUCUGGGGUAAAAAAAAUACCUUUUUUCAAAUCUCUGAGAAAUAGCUGAUAGUGAUAGAAAGUAAAAUUAAAAUUUGCUCCAAAUUCUAAAAUUUGAAUUGAUUUUUUCAAACCCAAAUUAGUAAGCACCAUAGGUUUUUGGAAGCCAGUUAAUUUAGAUUGAUUAUCAUGACAAGUCACAUAGUAGCUAUAUCUUAGAGAUAUGCAGAAAAUGCAGCAUUAUUCACUGUGAAUAUCAAAAUGAAUUUGCUUCAGCCCAGAGAUUUUGCUUUGUUCCACAAGAUACCUCUGUAUGAAUUAGUGGAUCUUCUUAUUUGCCCCAUGGUCACAGCGGUCAAUGAACACCAAGCCUUUCUUGUGCUAUAAUUUAAUUAAUUGUCUGGCUUAGAAAUCAAAAUAAUUUAAAAUUGUAUGUAAUUAGUUUAUAUUUUAGGGACUAAUUAACUAUGAAUUCCAUUUAUUUAUUUUAUGUGACUGUCACAAGUUAUGCAAAGCAAAUAAAAUAGAACAACCAAAUAAAUAAAUGGUUAAAUUUUCUUUUUGCAUUUUUAUUUUUAUUGUUGUCAUACGGAAAAUUAUAAAGGUGUACAAUAACUGAUUGAACAAAUUUAGUUUUUAAACUGUAUGUUGUAAUAUUUAAAAUAAGAUGAAGUGAAAAAUUGUAAUAUUUCUUAGUAUUACAAAAUUAAGCAUGAAAGAUUUAAUUUAAAUUCAAAGAACAUUAAUUGUAGAAGAUGUUAGUAUUUUACUUGAAUUUAUAUAAUUGAUAAAAGUAAUUAUUCUGGAAUAAAAGUAAUGUAAAUAAUUUUGUUGCAGAAAUAUGUAAAACUGAAAUGAAAUAUUAAAUUGUGAUAAAUAGUAAGCUUUGAUAAGAUAUGCUUGAAUCAUUAUUCAUAUAUUUCUUAAGAAGCAUUUAUCUUAAAUUGGUUCUGUGUUAUUUUAAAAAAAUUUCUAUGUGUUUUUGUGUCAUAUUUUUCUGUUUGUUUAUUUAUUUAAUUAUCUAUGUGCUAUGUGUAAUUAUUGCUAAAUAUAAUAUGUAAUUAUUGCUGUGUGUUUUGUGAUGUGAUAAUGCAUGAAAAAACUUCAGGAGAAAAACAUGUGUUGUUAAGUAUGCAUUUUUUAUUAUAUUUUAUGUUGAUAAAAUGUAUUUGUUUUAUUUAAUGAUCUAUAAAAUAUUAUGAUUUUUAGUGAUAAUAUAGUAAGAGUCUCUUGUUUUGGUACUAUGAGUUGAGAUGCCUGUUUUUUAAAGUGUUUAUAUUUCUGAGUUGGUUGUAACAAAAUCUUAUUUAUAUUUGAGCUGUGUGUAUGAAGAUUAGUAAAAAUUCUUUUUGUAAAAAAAUUCUUAUUGUUUAAAAAUAAUUUUCAAAUUCUUUCUGUUAAAACUGGCUGUUAAAAAUGAUUUCAUAUUAUGUUUGUGAAAUUGAAAAUACAUUUUUAUGCUUGGAUAUUUUAGAUAAGAUACUUGUUUCAUUGUUGUUACUUGUUUUUAGAUAAAUUUGGAUAAAAUUUUAUAUUUAUUUAAUAAUUACUGUACAGUGUUUUCAGUUGUUAUUUGCAAUAUCAGUCACAUGAUUAAUUAUCCUGCCAUGAAACGUAGGAGUUGAUUUCCUGAAAUUUAGAUGAUAAAUUUAUUUAAUUUAUACAGUUAAUUCAUGUAACUAAAUUGCAAAGUACAGUAAACCCUCUCUAAGACAAAUGUCCACAGUUUCUGAUUUUUCCAAUCGGCAAUAUUGAUAAUUUUCAAACUCUGUUUAUGGAUACUUGAUUAUUAAUUCCUUAUAACUGUUAAAUGUGUCAAGUCAUUAUGUUAUAUAGAUGCAGGAACAUAAAAAGUGUGCAGUGCACUCACUGGGAUUCGAACGUCAGAUUUCCUGAAUAUGUAUUAAACAUGUUUCCAGUUGCAUCAUGAAGGCAUUUGGAAAGGAGGCAGAAAAUACCUUAUAAAGGAAAUCAAAUUGGCUUUAAUUGUUAUUUUGUACAUACACAUUAAAUUCUGUUUAUACAUGGUACAAAGAAAAUAAUUAUGCCUUUUUCCUAAAAAGAUCUGUGUUAAAGAAGCGUAUAGUGCGUAUGGUAUAGAAAAUGGGUUCCAGACGGGGAAAAAAACACUUCAAAUAAUAAGUUAUUUUCAAGAAAAUUAUGCAUCGAAAUCUGUAAUAAAAUAAUUUUAAUACAUUAAAAUAUAUUUUUUUAUUUUUAUAAACUUAUAAAAGUUAUGCCUAUUUAUGAGUUUUCAUUAUUAAAAUAAAUUGAAGUUAAAUAAAAAAUUGUUUAACUAUGUUAAAUCAAAAUUAUGUAAAAAUAAGCAUGUAAAAGAGAGCUGGAUGUAUUUUAGUGUGAUUAAAAGUCCAAAAGGAAGCUAAUUUACAUAAGUUUGUUGUGUAAAAAUUGUAGAUAAUAUUUGAUGCAAAAAUUUAUAUUCUGAAUAGUCUUCUUGCAUGAAUAGUUUUGAGCAUUACCAUUUAUUUUUCCUGUUGUAAUAUGUAACCUGCAUAUAAUUAUGGAGCUGUAAUAGACCACCACAUUAUUUUAAAGAUAAUGUUCUGCCUGAUCAGCAGAAUUAGCGAUAAAAAAAGAUGACCAUCAAGUUAUCACUGUACUCAGUGUCUUCUGAGACUUAUGAAGUUUUACAAAAUGUUAGACAUAACAUGAACAUAAACUAUGAAAAAAGUUUUUUUUUAAUAGAUAUAGUUUCAAUGGAAGUAAAACUAAGAAGCAAGGAAAAGUUUUUUUUUUUUUUUUUUUUGUUUUUGGUAAAGUAGUUUUUUUAACUAAGUAUAUUAAUAUUAAUAUUUAUUUACGGUUUGUUGCUUAUUGACAAUGUGUAAUUGUUUUUACUAGGUUAUAUCGUUUUCUUCAUUUUUCUGUUUUUUAUUUAAACAUUGCUUUCCAUAU